AUGAAAAUUUUUUUGGCCAAAGAAAAAGAUGUUAUCAUUCUUGAUAAAAUAAGAAAAAAUAAGAAAAAAUAAUCUGUUCAAACACUUGUUAUAAUGGUAUCUCUUUACAUUCAUUUUUAGAAAGCAUCAAUGGAAAUAUAUGCUAUGUGCAAGGAGAUAAAAUUAAAGCAUGAAACUUUUGUGGAUAGACUCGAAAAGACAGUACUAAUGUUAGAGAAUCAUAUGCCUCUUUUCAAAUCUAUUUGUAAUCACGCAGAUGUACCUGAAGCUAUUGUAACAUAUAUAAAUUAUUACAGGAUAAACAUGCAUAAAUCUAAUGGUAUUAUAGUAGAAAAGACUAAACAAGAAAUUAUUUGGACGUUAAUUCUGACACUUCUUAAUUUUUGCGCAAGAGAUGAUGUACAAUAUUUUUUGGAAACUUGUAUCAUCACAAAUUCAUUGGCAGAUAAUGAUCUAUAUAAGAAGUAUAAAAAGCUACUUUCAUAUCAGACCAUUGAAAUAAUACUCCUAGACGAUUCGGAUUUAUAUGCAGUUAUUAAAUAUUUAAUAAUAUCAGAAAACUCUCGAAACUUAAGUAAAAUAUGGGUAUCAGAAUCAAUAAAAUGCAAUUUUUUGUCACUUAUGAAUAAAACUUUUAGCUAUUUCACUGAUGUUAUUCGUAUAUUUAAAUCUAAGCAAGAAUUACUUACACCUCCUAUAUCUUAUAAAAUAAACGUAACAUCCAUAUGGUCUGAAGAUAUUGCGGCUGCAAAAAAUUUAGCAACAUCCUUAGAUAGAAAUAUUGUUCUCAUAAAUACGCUGGAUUUCAAUGAGACGAUGAUAGUUAUGCCUUAUAUAGAAAUGUUCAAGAUUCUACUGUGUAAUCUCAAUUUUAAUGAAGAACAUUAUAUUAAUGAAGAACAUUAUAUAAUAAACAUGAUAAAGCCAAUAUGUUCGAAAAAAAAGCCUGUACCCGUAAAUCCGAUUUAUAAUUACAUGUUUUAUGAUGGUACAUGGCAAAAGCCUGUACAAAAUACUUAUUGGUUACAUAAUAACACUAAUAUACUAAGAGCGAAUGCAACAAAAGAUGAUAUGAGUAAAUGUUUUGUAUCAGCUAAAAAAGGAUUCGAAAUCUGGAAUGAGCUGUCCACUGAAUCUAGAAUGCAAAUAUUAUCCAAGUUUGCAUUUUUAUUGGAAUACAUUAGUAAAUCCGAAUUGUCGGAAAUAGUAUUCAAAUGGAUAAAAUUUCCACACUGGUAUAAGAAUUCAUUGCAGCCUCAAAGUGGACGAUCCUUGGUGGUAAGAAUCCGUAAACCGAAAGGUGUCAUCACACUUAUGGAGAAGAAAGAAAAAAAUUUGUUUCGCAAAUUGACACAGAGUUUAAUAAUCGGCAAUUCCGUCGUUGUGAUAUGUACCGCAAACUCGUGCAAUAUAAUACAGUAUUGCAAUCUGUUUUUGUCAUCUGGGAUACCUCCAGGCGUUAUAAAUAUGUUGACGUGCGAAGGCAUAAAAUCCUUAAAUGAAUUAUGCUAUGACGCGAUCAAUUUGAAUGAAAUUUAUUAUCAAUUUACCGUAAGUAAGCAAAUUGCAACCAUGAUUUAG